GCGACACACGCGGGUCCGGCGCUGCUGGUGCUUCUGUCCGAGGCUUCGUGGCACUAUGGCUGUUUCCAGUUCAGAAGAACAGAAGAACCUCCAGGAGCAUUCCCAAGGAAAAAAAAAAAGCUGUUUCAUCUUGGGUGCCUCUGGAGAAACUGGGAAAGAAUUGCUACUUGAAAUCUUGAAACAGCAACAAUUCUCUAAAGUAACCCUCAUUGGCCGCCGAAAGCUGAAUUUGGAAGGGCCACUUUACAGUAAUGUGAUCCAAGAAGCUGUUGACUUUGAGAAGCUGGAUGAAUUUGCUGCUGCCUUCCAAGGACAUGAUGUAGGAUUUUGCUGCCUGGGGACAAGCAGAGCCAAAGCUGGAGCGGAUGGAUUUGUGCGGGUUGACCGGGACUAUGUUGAACAUGCAGCAAAGCUAGCCAAAGCUGGUGGCUGCCAGCACUUCAUCCUACAGUCAAGCAAAGGUGCAGAUAGCUCCAGCAGUUUCCUCUAUCUACGGACCAAGGGUGAAGUAGAAAACAGGAUUCGGGGGCUUGGAUUUGAUCGAUUCUCCAUAUUUAGACCAGCGGUGCUGCUGUGUGAUCGUCAAGAACCUCGGCCUGGUGAAUGGGUGGCCAGGAAAACCCUAGGAGUGGUAGCCCACUUCUUUCCCACAUUUAUGACUGUUCCAACCACAACAGUGGCCCGAGCAAUGGCCAAUCUUGCAACGAUGCCAGCAAAGGACAAGCAAAAAGUAGAGGUGCUGGAAAAUGCAGCCAUCCAUGCCCUUAGUCAGUAAGAGUAGUCAAGGGGGAGGAAGGGAUGUUUCUUGGAUGGCAUUGUAAUGAAGGGGUCUCAUUGAUCCCCAGGCCCAGUUUGACUUACAGUUUUUUAUACUUUUCUUCAGAGGGUCUUCAGAUAAUAAGUACCUCUGAAUUGCAUUUGAAUUGCAUUUGACAAUUUCAGGAGCAUGUUAUCCUGAAGUAACUAGAAAAAGCCUUAAUGUCAUUGGUGCUGUUUCAAAAGCUUUAAAUGUGUGUCCUUCCUCUUAAUAAAUUUAAUUAAUUAAAUGUGGAA